AUGUCGUUCCUCCGACAUCUCGUCACCUCCGCCGUCCGGCGCCCGUCUACCACUACCUCCGCUUCCUUCAUUACCCUCCGUCCCGCUGCUAGAAGGCUCUCAACCUUACCACGCUUAGCGCUCUUCGAAGCUGUUGCACAACAUGAUCCAGAAUCGAAAGCUGUUAUCCACUCACUUUCCGGUCGAACAUUCAAGUAUGGAGAGCUUCUAGGUGAUGUUAGUCGAGCACGGGACAGGCUGGCUGAGGCUGCUGGUCAUGAGGACCUCAAUGGCGAGCGCAUUGCGUUCCUGGUUGAGAAUAGCUAUGACUACGUAGUGAUACUCUUGGCCGCAAUGGCUGCGCGAUCUAUUGCUGUGCCUCUAUCACCCGCAUUCCCUGCUCCAGAACUACAAUACAUUCUCAACCAGAGUGAAGCUUCGUUGCUAGUCUCCUCGUCAAAGUUCGCAUCCAAAGCUAAGGAAGUUCUUGCGACUGAACUUACAACCCAGCCGGCGCAUGUAGCACUUCAGAAGCAUCAAGGUGGGGGUAGUCAUGAUAAGGUCGAACUGAGCAAUAUCGAUGCUGGUGAAGCUGGUAUGAUGCUGUAUACUUCAGGUACUACCAACAAACCCAAAGGAGUACUGCUCCCCCAAUCCGUCUUGACAGCGCAAUCUCGUUCCCUCGUUGAAGCCUGGAAUUACUCACCCUCCGACCAUCUUCUCCACGUCCUCCCGCUUCAUCACAUCCACGGGACUGUAAAUGCCAUCCUUACACCGCUCCUCGCCGGCUCAACAAUCGAGUUCAUGCUCCCAUUUAACGCUGAUGCUGUCUGGAAGCGCUUCUCAGCACCCUUCCUCGCCAAUGACUCUUCUACCCCUAAAGAGAAAAUCACAUUCUUCACAGUUGUGCCCACGGUAUACAGCAGACUUCUCACCUCGUAUAAGAGUCUACCCCCAGAGACUCAAGAAGCCGCCCGCAAAGCCAUCUCACCAGAGAACAUGCGCCUCUCCAUCUCUGGUUCCGCCGCACUCCCAACGCCCAUCAAGACCGCCUGGAAAGAUCUCAGCCAUGGCAAUGUCCUCCUCGAGCGUUAUGGUAUGACCGAGGUCGGUAUGGCGCUGAGCUGCGGUCUUGACUUUUCAGAUCGUGUAGAUGCCAGUGUCGGCUGGCCGCUACCGUCCGUUGAAGCUCGCCUCGUUGAUGUCGACAAUGGUGAAAUUAUCAAGGAGGGGGACGAAAUCGAUGCUCAAGGCCGUGAGCGCUCUGGUGAGAUCCAGCUAAGAGGCCCUACCAUCUUUCGCGAGUACUGGCGCAAUCCAACCGCAACAGCAAGCGAAUUCGUCGAAGAUUCAGACGGAAAAGGAAAAUGGUUCAAGACAGGCGACGUAGCUGUCCGCCGUCCAGUCCCCUCCGCCACCGCUUCCCAGUCAUGGACACAUGGCCCCCUUUACUUCAUCCAAGGACGCAAGUCCGCCGAUAUCAUCAAGACAGGAGGCGAAAAGGUAAGCGCUCUAGAAGUCGAGCGAGAGCUAUUGUCUCUCCCCGAGGUCGCCGAAGCAGCUGUCGUGGCUGUGCCUAGUGGGCAAUGGGGCCACAAGGUCGGUGCUGUACUGGUUCUAGAUAACGAUGUCGUCAAGAAGUGGUCAGCGCUCGAUAUGCGCAGGGCCCUCAAGGGACGUUUGGCAAGUUACAAGAUUCCCCAGGUUAUGCGACUUGUUGAUCAAAUACCCCGAAAUGCUAUGGGCAAGAUCAACAAGAAGCAGUUGGUCAAGAGCAUCUUCCCCGAAGAUAUCAGCGGGGAUGAGAGUUAA